AGUCUUCGUGUUAGUUCAAUUCCCCCCAACCUGAAGCUGAAGCUGCAGUGCAGUGUCGCAGGGGUCACUUCCUAGUUCCUACAACCGCCAUCGUGUUCCUCAGUGUCUACUGCAAAAACGAAGCUUGAAUCGCAGCGAGGUAGCUAGGUCAAUGGAUGUUGAUGCAUCAGACAUAGAAGACGAGAACAACAAUGACAAUGCCGCCACCAAGAAGUCGAAACACCGCAAGAGGAAGGAGUACAUGCACGACGACGAUGGCCAUGUGGCAGCACGAAAGAAGCUCGCGGAGAGGAUUCUCUUGUCGCUGACCAGGCCUUCCUACAUUAUCGGGCUUGGUCCCAAGCCUUUGAGGUUGGAAAAUCGUACGAGGCUGUGCUACCUGCUUCGGAGGCUUGUGAAGCAGCACCACUGGGUCGAAGCUAGCGGCGUUCUCAGUGCGUACAUGAAGGGAACCCUUAAUGACACCUCUCCCUUCAAGAAUCGUUUUAAGUUUUGGGUUUUAUUGGAGCUUCUUAAGCAUGUGGAAAACCAAUCUAUUAAUCCAAUGCAGAUCAAGAAUCUCUAUGAUAUUUGGUCAAAGAAAAUUGGAUCAAUCAAGAAUUGGCCAAUAGAGAGCAGAUAUGUAGUUCAUUUGGAGUUAAUGUUAUUCUGUCUUGCGCGAAGCAAUGCUGGGGAUGCAUAUCAGAUUGCUCUAUGCCUUGAGCAAGAAAAAGUUGAUAUUGAUCUUGUGUCAAAGAUAAUUAUGGGUUUAACAUUCUAUAAGCUGUGGUAUUCUUCUAUCCCCAAAGAAUUUCAGUGGAGAGAUUCAGACCAAUUUGACUUGCAAGAGAACUCACGUAUGGAAGGAACCUCAUUCAGCAAUGAAGUUGGACAGUCAGAUACAGUUGAAACCCACAUGGCUGACUCCCAAUUUCAAUGUGAUUUAGAUGCAUCAGUCAUGAAUGAUAGGAAAAUUUCUAGGGAGGUGGGCGUCAACGAAGAUACGGCAGUUUUUGUGGAGGAUGAUAAUCACCAUACUAGAGAAAAACCAGAUCAGACCUUUCAGCUGCAAGGUUUUUACUUGAAUUCUGAAGAACGUCAAGGAGUGGGAGGCCCUUUUUCUAACAGUGGAGGUCUUACACAAGACACCUUGCAUGCUCUUGGGGGGCUUGAUUUGUGGUUGUUUCCCUUGCGCUUUUCCAACGAGGACAGUUUUGAGGAGUUCAUGUACAGGCACAGAAAUCCGACUACUGACUAUUAUAAAAAUGCAGUAAAAUAUUUAGAACAAGCUCUCGACUCAAAUCCCUCUGCAUCAGCAGCAUUACUUCCAUUAAUACAGCUGCUGCUUAUUGGAGGUCAAGUGGAUAAGGCUCUUACUACACUUGAGAAGCAAUGCUAUAAUUCAUUUUCUGUACUCCCAAUCAGAUUAAGGGCUGCUCUCUUGGAGCGUUUUGAUCGAAACAACCCUCUCUUGCUUCAUAGCUGUUUGGAGGAUAUAUUAAAGAAGGAUCCAACAUGCCACGAUGCUUUAAGAAAACUUAUCAAGAUACACCAAAAUGGAGACUAUAGCCUCAAAUCUCUUCUGGAAAUGAUUGCUUUGCAUUUAGAUGCUACUGAUGCAGAAUACAGUAUAUGGAGGGUGUUCUCUUCAUGUUUCUAUAAACAGUCUCUCUGCGAAAAAGACUGCAUGUCUACAUGCUCCAUUCAAAAUGAAAAUGGGCAGGGGCAACAUUGUUCCUUUAACAGAACCCCAAAAGUAUUUACAGAGGGUAUAUCAGGAAAGUCAUGGAGACUUCGCUGCAGGUGGUGGCUAACAAGACAUUUCAGCAAUAGGAAGCUAGAAUCAGAUAUUGAAACUGGUGAUUUGCAGUUACUCACAUACAAAGCAGCAUGUGCAUCGUAUAUGUAUGGACAGGAGAUCAGCUAUGUUUCUAAGGCUUAUUCUCAUUUAGAAAAGGAAAAUUAUAAAGACUUGCUGUUGUUCUUGAAUGAGCAAAAGGGAAAUUCUUUUGGAUUUUAUUAAAAAUAUCAAAAGAAAGCCACAUAUAUAUAAGAUAAAAAUAUGAUUUAUAUUUACUUUCUAUUUCUCAAUUUCAAAAACAUUUUUAAAACUUAUUUUUCAUAAAGAAAAAAAAAAUUAUUUGAACAAUACG